GCGACCGGAGCUCCCCAGCGCCGCCCAGCGCCGCGCCAAGCGAUCGGCACCCACCCAGCCCCGGCUGCGGAGGGGCUGCAAGCCCGAAAAGCCGGGGAUGGGGGCUGCGUUUUUGCAAAGGAGGGAGAGAGGCGCUGCAGUUCCGGCCUGAGCCCGGAUUGCUGGGGGAAGAUGAUCGCCGCCCUGCAGCUGAUGGCCGGCGGCUCCUGACUGCCCGGGGGGAGGAUGGAGACGCCAGACCAGUCGCGGUGCCUGACUCACCGGGAACCGCGUUGCUGAGGCUUUGCUAAGGGACGGCUGCCCGCCAAUGGGCCACGGCGUAAAGCCUUUCUCUCUGCGUGUGGGGAGCGGGGGAACCGCUGAGCACCCCGGAGUACCAUGGGGGCGGGGCAGCCCUCUCCGUGCUGGGGCGCAGAGACCAGGGGGAUUUCGCCUCUUUAAACAAGGGGCCCGCCUCUGGUGAGAUCAGCUGGAUCCAGCGCUGCGCCUUCGCUGCCAGGAUGUAUGGAUUUAUAAACACAUGUCUGAAGUCUUUGGUGGUUGAAAAAUAUGGUGAAGAAACAUGGGAAAAAUUAAGAAUCCAGGCAGCAGUUCAGGACACAUUUCUGACGUUUGAAGUUUACAAAGAUGAGAUCACAAUGCAGCUAAUUGACAAAGCCUGCAAAAUGUUAGAUGUUCCCCCUGAUAUGGUUCUGAAGCAGUUUGGAGAGUUUUUCUUUGAAUUUUGCAAACGGUCAGGCUAUGACCAUAUGCUGAGAACUUUGGGUGGAAAUCUCUACGAGUUCAUCGAGAACUUGGAUGCAUUACAUAGCUAUCUGUCUCUUUCUUAUCAGGAGAUGAAUGCACCUUCUUUUAGGGUAGAAAAGAAUGAAGAUGGCUCAAUGCAUUUGCAUUACUACUCAGAUAGAAGAGGUCUGUGCCAUAUUGUUCCAGGAAUCAUUGGUGCAGCAGCCCUGGAUUUUUUCAACACUGAAAUUUCAAUGGAAAUAGUCAAUCAAACAGAGGAGGAAGAAAGAACUGGGAAAAAAGAACAUAUAGUUUUCCUUGUCACUCAAAAACCUGUAUUUUCAUACAAAAAGAGAAAUAAAUUCUCUUCCUCACCACAAUACAUUGCUGACUCUGGAAGACGAAUUGAGAAACAACUGAAUAAAGAGGAUAUUGAAAAAAACAUGAAUAAGAUUAGAGACAGAACAAGCUUUGUUUCUGUUUGUCCUGCCAAGAAAAAUCACUGGGAAACAAUCAGAGGAAUCGUUACACUAGGAAGAGGUAAACUUCUGAGAGGAUUUGAUCCUGCUUAUCCUACAACCCUCUGGAUAGAUACAAAAACAUUUUGCAAUGGACUUCCUUUCCAUGUUGUUUUUGAUGAAGAGCUCAGAGUAAAGCAAGCUGGGGUGAGCAUUCAAAAGAUUGUCCCUGGCCUUCAGACCAUGGGCAUUCGCCUGGAUCAUUACUUCAGUAUCGUGCACCCAGAAGUGACAUUCACCAUCUCUAGCGUUCAGAAGUUUAUCAACAGUCAAUUUGUUUUCCGGACUAGGAGAGAGAUGAUGCCAGAGUCAUGGAAACAACGUCCAAUGCUAGAGCUGAGAGGCCAGAUGAUCUGGAUGGAGUCUCUGCAGUGCAUGCUCUAUCUCUGCUCGCCUUUAUUGCGCACCUUGCAUGAGUUGGAAGAGAGACAGAUGCACAUUGCGGACAUAGCACCUCAUGAUGUUACCAGGGAUUUGAUUCUUCUCAACCAGCAAAGACUGGCUGAGAUGGAGCUCUCUAACCAGCUGGAGAGGAAGAAAGAAGAACUGCGGGUACUCUCAAAGCACCUGGAGGAAGAGAAGAAAAAGACAGAAGCUCUGCUCUACGCCAUGCUUCCAAAGCAUGUGGCCAACCAGCUAAAAGAGGGGAAACGAGUUGAGGCAGGAGAGUUUAAAGAAUGCACCAUAUUGUUCAGUGAUGUUGUGACCUUUACCAACAUUUGUACCCAGUGUGAGCCUAUUCAGAUAGUCCUCAUGUUAAAUUCAAUGUAUCUACGAUUUGACAGACUAACCACAGUGCAUGAUGUCUACAAGGUGGAGACAAUAGGUGAUGCCUACAUGGUGGUAGGAGGUGUCCCUGUGCCUGUAUCUACUCAUGCUGAGCGAGUUGCCAACUUUGCCCUGGGAAUAAUCAUAGCAGCCAAAGAAGUGAAGAAUCCGGUUUCUGGAAAACCUAUCCAAAUUAGAGUUGGGAUCCACACAGGUCCUGUCCUGGCUGGAGUAGUUGGAGAAAAGAUGCCUCGUUACUGCUUGUUUGGAGACACCGUGAAUAUAGCUUCCCGGAUGGAGAGCCAUGGGGUUCCAAGUAAAAUUCACCUUAGCCCCACUGCCUAUUAUUGCCUAAAGGACAAAAGUUUUGAGAUGACUGAAAGAGGAGAGAUUGAAGUGAAGGGCAAAGGGAAAAUGCAUACAUAUUUCCUGAUUAGAAAUAGGACUGCAACUGAGAAUGAGAUCAUGGGAAACCCAAUAAAGGAAUCAGAUUCUGAGCAUGAAUCUGUUCAGUCCUUUCAUGAAUCCAGGAUCAAAAUGAUACAAAGUUCAUGUCAGCAAGCUAUGCAGUCCAAUUCAGACCAGGAUCAGCCGCCAACCAUAGCAAUGAAGUACGUUGAUAGUCCCACAGAAACACAAGUCAGUUACAAAGGAAGAAGUCAAGAAAGAAUUAUGGAUUUUACAGGCAAAACACAUGAUGUUGAAAGCUACAGACGUCUCCAUGCUGGCCAGCAGCCAGGCAGUGCUUCUUAUCUGCCCAACCAGGAAAGAAUCAAACCAGCACCUGAAGAACCACAGAACAGAAAUGUCAGAUCCAAUUUUUGCAAUUUAAUUUAAGUUGCUAACUUUUAAAGUUAAACAGGGUAACCAGCUAUCAGUCAUCUCCUUGCUAGGAGGCAUGAGGAUGCAAGGGUCAGCACAUCCCAGAGCAGCAAGGGGGCUGGGCCGAGUACGGGGCUCCACUCUGGAAAGGAAUUAGCGCUUGAAUGGCUGAAUAAUGUCAUUUGCCCCUUCUCCAGUUUGGAAGAUCACACAACUGCAUCACCCAUGAAGACUCCUCUAGGCCAGCAGCCAGUAAGGCAAAUUUGAUAUAUACUAGGUCAUCUUCCACUGAAAACACUGUGAAUGUUUAAGAUGUGAAAUAUUUUAAAUGCCAGUAACUAGUUCAAUUCUGAGCACACACGGCUGGUGUUAGACUUGCUGGGGACCAGGACAGAAGCCGAAGGCCAAGGGCUUCAGCUCUGAGUGGUGGGGCUCAGUUUACAGACACCCCCCUGCCCAGGGCUGAAGCCCUUUGCCUCCCCUCCCUUCCCCCCGCCCCCCGCACCUGGGGCGACAGGGCUGGGCUCAGGCUUUGGUCCCCCUUUUUGGGGUCAUGUAGUAAUUUUUGUUGUCAGAAGGUGGUCAUGGUGUAAUGAAGUUUGAGAAUUGAUGAUUUAUCCUGUUAAGUUUUAUUUCAUGCUGCGUGUGUAUGUUUCUCUCUGUGUGUAUUUUAAAUGUACACGGGCAAUGGCUUCAGUAUGUACUCUCUUAUACAAAGUCCUUCUAAUGUCUCUCGUCCAGAGAUCCAUCCAAGAUAUCCUAUGGGCACCUGGUUUUUAAAAAUAAAUUAUAGCUGCACAUCAUCACAUGUUCUUAAAGCAACAAAUACUACUAAAGAUGUUGAAAUAAAGGGGACUAGACAGACCAAAUAAAUACUUUGGGUUUUACUUCAUUAUUCAUGAUUUUUUACAAACACUAUGGAAAGUUAUUGCAGGUUUGUUCUCCUAAAUCAACUAAAUGCUUUUGAAAAUCCCACCCAUAGUGUCUUACAAAAGAAUAAAAACUUAUUGCUAAAAAAGAACCUGGGGUAAAAUUUUCAAAAGCACCUAGAGGAGUUAGGCACUUUUGACAUUUUUUACCCAUAAUUAACACUGUAAUUUCAAGUAGAACUGUGGAAAACAGUCUCAAACUCUCAAAACCUUCCCAUUAUUCAGUAACUUUUUCAUUGGUUCUGUUCACCCCACCCCACUUUUCUAUCCACUUCUUAUGAACAUUGAAGCAAUAAAAUUUUAUACUGGCAAAAAUGUUCAAGGAAAUUUAAUUUCUAGAUUGCAGCCAUACUAUUUAUUACUUCUACUGUGAACAGAGCCCCAUUGUGCUAGCAAAUGAACACACACAUAGUAGGAAACAGUCUCAGCUCCAGUGACCUUACAAUUUAAACAGACGUCUGAAAAAGAGUGAGAAAAGAAAUCUGAUUGCCACUUUACAGAUAGGAAACCAAGGUACGGAGAGAUUAAGGAUGAGAUUUUCAAAGUUGUGUAAGGGAUUUGGAUGCCCAGUUCUCAUUAAGCCUGGGAUAUUCAAAGGAAUCUAAGGAUGUUAGAUCACAAGGAUACAAUUUUCAGAAAUACCUAAGUGACAUAGGAGUCUAAAUUCCAGUUUCAAAAGGAACACAGGCAGUGACUUUCAUAGACAAACAUUUUAAUUUAGAUUCCACAUUAAAAGAAAAAAAUUCUAAUUGAUUCAGGAAAAAAAAAUAGGAAAACCAGUGAAACAUUUGAACUGAAACAAACAUUUUUAUUUGUUUUUAAUUUACCUGUGCAAAAUAGUUCCUAUUUUUCAACCAGCCUAACUGAGUUUUUUAAAAGCAUCACCCUACAUUUUCAAGUAACUUAUAUUUAAAUAUACAGGAGAAGAGAACACUCAAAUGAAUAAUAAUUAAAAACAUUGUAGAAGCAGAAAUCUGUAUUGAUCUAAAGAAGUCAAACUUGAACUGCUCAAAUAAUUAGGCAAAAGAUUUGCAAUAGUUACGUGAAACUCUUGGCCAGAAAUACAGCCCCUUUCAGCGGGCCAGUGACUAAAGCUUAGUAAAUAAUUCACACUGUAUACUUUGUUUGAUGAAUUUAGUCUUUUUCCAUUUAUAUUUGAUGAGCAGCCCACGGUUCUUGCAGAUGUAUUCAUUAUUCAAAAUCAUUUGCCAAAUAAUUUAUACAAAUAAUUCUUAGUUUUUAGCUUAUUCACAUGCAAAUAACUGUCAGCAUGCACGAUCUGACAUUUAAAUUCAAGCUGUGUUGGUUAACUUUGGUUGAGCACACUGGUCAUGAGGCAUUGUUAGUGUUCUGUGGCUUUGAUUCAGGAAAGCACUUAAGCGUGUCCUAAAGUCUCACUGGUUUGGGAUGCUUUCCACAUUCCGUGUCUGACUGGAUGUACACUUAGAAUCUAGUUUCUGGUGAGAGAAAGCUUGUGUUUGCAAAUGUAACAAUUCACUUUCAGCAAAUAUUUUCUAAAACUAGCUGUUCAUUAGGCUGUCCUGCCACUAAACUUAUUUGCAGGCAUAUUCACAAAUCAUGAACAAAUGGAGUCAAAAGGAAAUCAGUUUUUUAUUAGAGUGACUAUCUGUGGAAAGUUUUUGAGCUAUUCACCCAGUUCUACUGGCAACAUUACAAAGCAGCUAUACUGGAUCCAAACGGAACAUGAAAAAUAACAUGAGCAGGGAGAUCACACAAUCUCAUCCCAGUGAGAAUAUAAAAGUUUUUCUAAAAAUGACAAAUUAAACUUUAAAAUUUCAGAAAUGAGACAUGGUGAGAAACUUUUUUACAAGAACACGUUUAGCUGAAUGUAAAUUGAUGGAGCAAACUCUGUCAUUACUCUUAAAAUAUUCAGAUAAGUAUGUUGUUUAAGUGCAGUCAAUUGGAAUAAAUUCCUUCUGUAGCCACGUACUAUAUUAAUCAUGUGUAUGAACAGCUCCUCUUCGUGCUUAUGGUUUGUGAUAUGCAUACGCCUGGACAGUAUAUAGAGAAAUAGGAAUGUAUGUGCAAUAUUUCCAGUUUGUAAAUAUUUGUAGCCAAAUUAAACAAUGCUUUGGCAAUGUCUAUUUCUUUAAAUAACUGGAGCUGGGUGAAUAGCUCACAAUAAAUAAUUUACUUGAUGAGUUUUUCCUCUUUUCCUUGUCAUGAAUUGUCCCCCGUUCUCUUUUUCUCACAUUUUCUUUGUAUUUGAAGUUAUUUGCUGAAUAUUUUCAGCAAAUAAUUCUUGAUCUGGAGCUUGUUCAUAAGUAAUUCACUGCAAGUAUUUGAUAUUCAGAAUUCCAGCUGUUCUGAUUGAACACAUGGUAUGUUUCUGGUCUCUGAUCAGAUGAGCAUAACUUAGAAUCGGGCUCUUAAUCGCAUUUUCAUAUUAAGAUUUUACAUGGUUUCUAUUCUCUCAAUAGUCGCUUAAUGCAAUUUCAGUGAACAUUCCUGUCAGCACCUCAUGUGCUAG